CUUCAUGAUCUGACAGUUUCUCUUAGUAGGCACAUUAAAGAUGUUUGUGUCCGUUUAUAUGCUACGUGCGCGGGCUCCGCGGUAACCCCGCUUGUUAGCAACGGUCCUGCUUAGCAUCGACCUUUUUUACUUGCUAGAUAAGUGAGCCAGAGGAAGAAAAUUUCCCCCCUAGGGGACUGGUGAAAAUGCCAAACAAACAGGCAGCAACGUUGCUGCUAAACCAUGAAAUUGCCUCGGUUAUUACCGCUAUGCGACACAAUGCAAAAUGGGCUAUGGUGCCGCGUUACUAUGAGGAGGACCGGAACGAACCAAGCAAAUAUGAUGAUGCUUUUCGGGCACUGCGGUCGGAGAUAUUUACGUAUCAUGACUGGAGGGAGGUGGAUCCCAUGAUUUACCUUUCUCCAUUUUUGGAUUUGAUUAAAGCGUCAGAUGUCAGCGGGCCCAUAACAGGAGCAGCGGCGGUGGCCCUGCAGCGAAUCCUUCAAAGCGACUUGCUUGCUCCGGGGACCCGCAACGUGGAGACGGCCAUCAACCAAAUCGUUGAAGAUGCAACACAGUGCAAGUUUGAGUCCACGAACAACUCCUCGGACGAGGUGGUGCUGCUCAACAUCGUGCAGGUGCUGGAGCAGGCGGUCGGCAGCGCUGCGGGCGUGUUCCUGACGGACGAGUCGGUGUGCAAGGCGGUGCAGGCGGCCUUCAUGCUGGGCGACCCGGCGCGCAAGCCCAAGGAGUACGGAGACAUCAUGGGCUACUACUCGCGGCAGGCGUGCGGCAACAUGAUCCGCACCGUCUUCCGCCACGUGGCGCUGCAGCUGGAGGCGGCGGAGGAGCGCGCGGAGAAGGCGGCGGAGAGGGAGAAGGCGGCGGCAGGCGGAGGGGCGGAGCAGCAGCAGCAGCAGCACGCGGGGGAUGUGCCGGUGGCAGCGGCAGCAGAUGGAGUGGGUGGCAGUGCCUCUGAGAGUGGGCAGGCCGCUGCCGCUGCUGCCGCCUCCGACGCCGGCUGCGGGUGCCGCUACGGGGUGCGCGCCGCCGCCAACAUCCUGGAGUUCCUGAUCGACCUCAUACAGAAGGGUCCAGCGCUGCAGGGCGCCACCAAGGAGACGGUGGAGGAGAUGGUGGUGUUCUCGCUCAACACCAUCCACCAGGUGCUGUGCGAGGCGGGGGGCGCGCUGGGGCUGGCGGAGCCGCUGGCAAGGCUGGUGCAGGUCGACCUGCUGUACGCCAUGUGCCAGGCGGUGGUGCAGCACAGCAGCGUGUCGGUGAUCACGGGGUUCUGCCAGACGCUGCUGGCGGUGGUGACGUACCUGGGGCACGUCAGCAUGGCGCAGACGGAGACCGUCAUGCAGCGGGUGCUGCUGAGGCUGGCGGACGGCAAGGGGGUGGUGGCGCUGGAGCAGCAGGAGGCCGCCCUGGAGGGUCUGCUGGACCUGGUGCGGCAGCCGCACUUCGUGCACGACAUGUUUGUCAACUGCGACUGCCGCGUGGAGCGAGCCAACCUGUUCGAGGAGGUUUGCUCCCUCAUCUCCAAGACCGCCUUCCCCGUCUCCAAGACCAGCGUGGGGCCGCUCAACUUCAUCAGCCUGGAGGCGCUGCUGGCGGUGCUGGGGGCGCUGGCGCACAGCGCCCGCUCCGGCCACGAGCUGCUGUCCGCGCCCUCCCCCGCCAACGAGGUGCCGCUGUACGUGGACGUGUGGGGGCCGCUGGUGGCGGGGCAGCACCCGCAGCUGGAGAGGCUGGCGGAGGCGCUGCUGGCGCCACCGGGGCACCUGCAUGGGCAACCGCAUGGGGGGCCGCAUGGGGCGCAGCAGCAGGCCGCGCAGGGGCGGGUGGCGGGCGGCAGCAGCAUGGGAGGCGCAGCGGCGGGGCUGGGAGGGGUGCUGAGUGCGGCGGAGGUGGCGGCUCAGGCGGAGGCGGAGGAGCGGGCGGCGAAGGCUGCUGCUGCUGCUGGCAACGGUGUUGCCGGGCCCCCCUCCCCCUCCCCCUCCCCCGCUGCUGCCGCCUGCCUGGCCGCUGCCCGGGGGGUGCGGGGGGUGCCGGUGAGCGGGCCGCUGGAGCUGCGGUGCGCCAUGGCGGAGAGGUGCCUUAAGACACGGAUAGCCCUGGCGGUGGACCACUUCAACAAGGACUUCAAGAAGGGGCUGGUGGCCAUGCAGGCCGCCAAGCUGCUGCCCGAGAUGCCCCCUCCUCCGCCUCCCCCUCCCGCCGCCUCAUCCGACUCCACCCCCGCCGACCCCGAGGCCGCCGCCGCUGCCGCCGCCUCCCACGCCGCCGCUGUGGCCGCCCACUCCGCCGCCAAGAGCGCUGUGGCCGCCCGGCUGGGCCAGCUGCUGUUCGUGUGUCCGGGGCUGAACAAGGUCACGGUGGGGGAGCUGCUGGGGGACCCGGACCCCUUCUACCUGGAGGUCCUGGACGCCUACACCGCCUGCUUCGACUUCGCUCAGCUCAAGUUCGACACCGCGUUGCGCAUGUUCAUUGAGAGCUUCAAACUGCCGGGCGAGGCUCAGAAGAUCGACCGCAUCAUCAACGCCUUCGGCCGCCACUACUACGAGGCCAACUCGGACGUGUUCCGCUCCGCUGACGCGCCCUACGUGCUGGCCUACUCGGUCAUCAUGCUAAACACCGACCAGCACAACAGUCAGGUGAAGAACAAGAUGACUCUGGAGUCCUUCCAGCGCAACCUGAGGGGCGUCAACGACGGAGCCGACUUUGACCGGGCCUUCCUGGAGGAGAUCUUCUACUCCAUCGUGCGGCGGCCGCUGCGGCUGUCCGAGCCCGCCUCCAUGGAGGUCUCGGAGCAGUGCUUCCUGCAGCUCGCGCAAACCAGCGGCACGCAGAGGGGCCUCGUACUGCCAUCGGAACAAGGUCGUCACCUGUUCGACACGACCAUGUUCCGGCUGAUCUGGGGUCCUGCCGUACACGCCAUGUGCGCCAUCGUGGACAACUGUACGAACGAGGCGCUGAUCGGGUCGGCACUGGAGGGGCUGCAGCUCGCUUGCCAGAUCGCUGCUGCGCACGAGCUGGAGGACGUGGCGGAUUCCAUCAUCGUCAACCUCUCCAAGAUACCGCUGCAGCACCUGGCGCAGGUGCCCGCCUCCGCUCGCUCGGAUGUCGCGUUCGGCCGGGACCCCAAGAUGCGGGCCGUCACUCGGGCGCUGGCUUCCAUCAUCAACAAGCACGGCGACUGCCUUCGCGGCGGUUGGACCAACGUGAUGGACCUGCUGGUGCAGCUCUACCGCCGGGCGCUGCUGCCGGACAGCUUCUGCAGGGCACUCAGCGGCGACGGCGACGGCGGUCUGGUGGUCCGCGAGGGCGAGUGCGGCUCGCUGCGGGUGCGGCGGUGGGCGCUGCAGCGGGGCGGCUCGGCGGCCUCGGGCAGCUCCUCCAUAUUCCGACACAUAUCCAGCAGUUUUACGCAGAUGCUCUCCCUCGCCUCCGACCCCGACCCCACCACCUCUCGAGGGGCGGCAGCAGCGGGGGCAGCAGCCGCAGGGGGGCCAGGCGGGGGCCCAGGGGCGGCAGGCGGCAGCGGAGGUGCGGCCGGGGGCGGUGCUGUCGCCGCCGCCGCCGCUGCCUGGGAGGCUGGCAACGCGGCGCUGAGCGAGGGCGAGCGGGCCGCGGUGACUGCGGCGGAGGAGUGCCUGAUUCGGUGCGCCUUCGAGGACGCCUUCAUGGACAGCAAGUUCCUGAAGCAGGAGUCGCUGGUGCAGCUGGUUCGCGCCAUCUGCUCCUCCUGCGGCCCCAUCCCCCGCCCGCCCUCCUCCUCCUCCCAGCUGCCCUGGGACGCCAGCGAGCUGUGUCUGGAGCUGCUGUUCACGGUGCUGCUGAGGAACAGGGACCGAAUCACGCUGCUGUGGCCCCGGGCGUACGAACACUUUGCGACCAUCUUCCAGCACUCCCGCGAGUGCGACACGGUUCUGGUUCAGAAGGCGGUGAUGGCCAUGAUGCGGCUGUGCCAGCGACUGCUGCCGUACAAGGCGGCGGACAUCAGCGAGCCGCUCAUGCGGGGCAUACAGCUGCUGUCGCUGGUGGACGAGCAGGUUGCCCACGACCUGGCUUCCACCAUCGCCCUGGAGAUACAAUCGCUGCUGCAGGGCGCUGCCGCCUACAUCCACAACCAGCAGGCCUGGAUGAGCAUCUGCAUGCUGGUCAAGGUGAUCCACCUGGACCCCGCGUCCUUCCCCGUCUGCCUGGACACCAUCACUUGGGUUGUCCGUGAGAGCCUGACGGUGCUCAACUACCACGCGGUGGUGAGCACCGCAGUGGACCUGUUGGAGCGGGCGGUGCCGGACCCGCGCAGGGGGGAGCGGCAGGGGCACCCGGCGCACAUCGCGCAGGCCAUACGGGUGGUGCAGAGCGCAGAGGAGUGGCUGGAGCUGUGGUGGAUGUCCAGCCAGUCGCGGCACCCGCCCGAGGCGCUGGAGCGGCUGGGGCUGCUGGGCUUUAAGGCGGACACCUGGCACCUGCUGCUGGGCUGGCUGUGCAGGCUGGCAAAGAACACCAACCUGGAGGUCCGCACCGGCACCAUGUCCUGCCUGCAGCGCACUGUGGUGGCGGCGGAGCGGCUGCUGGUGCCGCCGGGGGGGCUGGCGCGGUCGCUGAGUGAGCUGCUGCUGCCGCUGGGGCAGGACCUGGUGCGCUGCAUGGGCAACAGGGACAUGCCGCAGUGCGAUGUUACGGUUCGCGAGCUGGUUCGCGCGCUGUCCAAGAUGGUGCUGCUCUACCACUCGCAGCUCGAGUCGCUGCCCUCGUUCGGCUCCGUGUGGCGGGGCAUCCUGGAGGUCCUGGCGGCGGCGGCGGCAGCCAACACGGCGCAGGUGGCGCGCAGCGGGGGCGGCAGCGGCGGGGGCGGGGGCCUGAGUGCCGCCGCGGUCGCCGCCGCGCCCACCCACCCGGCGGGGGAGGUGCUGGCGGAGGCGCUGCCCGAGGCGCUCAAGAACAUGCUGCUGGUGCUGCACAGCAAGGGUCUGCUGGUGGAGGGCUGGCGCGACGCGGAGGGAGGCGACCUGUGGGACCUCACCUGGCGCCUCACCGCCCGCAUCGCACCCGGGCUCUCGCUGCAGCAGCUCAGCAUUGGCAGGGGGUGAAGGGAGGGGGGAGGCGGUGGAGGGAGGGAACGGUGACCGAUGGGUCAUCCUGCGCUUGUGCAGCUGGCCACCAACCUGACUCUCACUGGACUCUUCUAGACCUAUCUCGAGUCGGACUGGAGGUUUGUAACGUCUGACGCAGGGGCGAACGUGAGCAAGGGAGGAGGGGGGAGGUGCUAUUUAGUGUGGGCUUGGUGGGGUGGGUGGGGGCAAAGCAAAGGAUACAGCUUGGACGGUUGUGAAGUGGGUGCGUCGUAGUGGUGCAGCCCGUGUUUGUCAGAGCAUGGUAUCCAAUUAUUAUUCUUAGGCCGGAAUUCCGAGGUUUGAAUGAGGAUGCCACGAAGGGUUAGGCUCCCUCUUGAUGCUCCACGAUAGCGGUACACCCCUUGGACGGGUGGGUGACGUGGGGGGGAGUGUAAAGCUGCAGCAGCCAUCUUGGAUCUGCUAGCGCUAGCAGGUAGCUGGCAGGCGAGGCGAUGCGAUGCUGCACAUGUGGCGAGGGUUGCUCGAGGGGCUGCAGGAGGGGACGUAAGGGUGUGCACAGGAGUACGGAAACAGGGGGCAGUCGGACGCGAUCAGAGCAUUAGCGGACUUGUCUCGCACGCAUGGGUGUGUUGGUGGGUAUCGGCUCUAGGGAUGACUGGAUGGAAGGUAGUGAAGAGGAGUGAGGUGGGGAUAACAUGGCGGCGGGAAGGAAGGACUUUCUCUUGACCUGACCUGGCUCAGCCGUUCCGCUCGCCGCUUUACAGUUAUCCAUUCAACCUAGUGCGCAAAACAAUCCGACAGUCCAGUGCAUGACUACUCGCGGCCGGUUCUCUUAGCACUAGGGUCCGGCUCCUAGCCAUACAUGCACGUGCAAGCAAGGCACAAGGCAUACGCCGCACCGUAAUCGAGCCAGAGCUG